AUGGACACACCAAAAGCAGGUUGCUCUGGAGCCGCCUCAGAGCUUGCAAACACGAACGCAAAGACAUCUGUCACUCGAACUGACGAACUCUCGCCGGUUGACUGGAAUGGGCCAGACGAUCCAGAGAAUCCAUUGAACUGGACAGCCUUCAAGAAAUGGCUGGCUAUCACCGUUAUCGCAUAUAUCACCUUUGUCACUUCUUAUGGAUCAACUAUCUUCGCGCCUGGUGUUCCAGCUCUUCUACAAGAGUUUGGAGUCACCAACACCUCACUGGCAUCUUUCGUCGUUUCAAUCUACAUUCUAGGCUUCUGUGUCGGUCCCCUAUUUUUGGCACCUUUUAGUGAGCUAUACGGGCGAAUACCCAUAAUACAUCUGUCAAACGUAUUAUUCCUCAUAUUCUCGAUUGCUUGUGCUGUGAGCACCAAUUUUGGAAUGUUCAUCUUUUUUCGGUUAAUGCAAGGGGUCUCCGCUUGCCCUCCCCUGACCCUUGGUGGAGGAAUGAUAUCUGACCUCAUGGUUCCCACAGAGCGCGGGAAAGCUCUGAGUAUUUGGGCAAUGGGGCCUUUAUUGGGCCCUGUCGUUGGGCCUGUUAUUGGAGGGUAUAUGAACGAAACCAUCGGCUGGCGUUGGACUUUCUGGUUUACAGCCAUCAUGACGGGAGUUUCAGCAUUAGCAUCUGCCGCAGUUCUGAGGGAAACUUAUGCGCCCAUUCUCCUUGAAAGGAAAGCUGCUCGUUUUCGCAAACAAACCGGAAACCCAAGCUAUAAAUCUAGGUUUGACAAAAACCUUUCCCCUGGCCAUCUAUUUAAACAGGCAAUUAUUCGUCCAACAAAAAUGCUGGUACUAUCGCCCAUUGUCUUGGUUUUGGCAAUGCAUAUGUCAAUCAUCUACAGCUACUUAUACUUCCUGUUUACAACUUUCACCUUUGUCUUCGAGGAUCGCUAUGGCUUCAGCUCUGGAGAAGUAGGGCUUGCAUAUUUGGGUUUAGGCGUUGGUUUUAUCGUUGGCCAAUUCGGUGUUGGAUACUCUUCUGAUCUCUAUGUCAAGAAGAAGUUGAAAAAGUCCGGUGUCAUGAAACCUGAGUACCGCCUCCCGCCCUUAGUGCUUAGCGCAUUCCUUAUUCCAGUCGGCUUAUUCUGGUACGGCUGGACUACCGAGAAGCAGGUACACUGGAUAGUACCAAUUGUUGGUACAAUCUUCAUUGGUAUCGGUACUAUGUGUGCAUUCCUACCAAUACAGAUAUACCUUAUCGAUACAUUCGGUAUUUACGCGGCCAGUGCUCUUGCAACUAAUACCGUUGUCAGGUCCUUAUUUGGAGCAGUUUUGCCCCUCGCCGGCCCGCCUCUAUUCAAAAGGCUGGGCCUAGGAUGGGGAAAUAGCCUAUUGGCUUUUAUCGCUUUAUCCUUGUCACCAGCCGCAUUUUUCCUACUCAAGUAUGGGGAGUACAUCAGGACACACCCAAAGUUCCAGGUUAAACUCUAA